AUGGCGGUUACGAUCUUCUUCCUGAAAAGGCUCGAUAUACCCUGUCCAAAGAUAGUCGAAGAAUAUAACAUGCACAUGGGGGGAGUGGACUUGAUGGACAGCUACCUGGGACGCUAUCGCAUACGCAUAAAGAGCCAAAAAUGGUACAUGCGCCUCUUUUACCAUCUUUUAGACCUCGCCGUUAUAAAUUUGUGGGUUCUUUUGAAAAAAAAUUGCACAGCAAAGGGUAUUCCUGAGAAACAGCUUCCAAAUCUUGGAGAGUUUCGUAACAUCUUGGCCGAUGCACUUUGUAACGUGGGAACUUCAAAUGGUGUUAAAAGAGGGCGUCCCUCUAAUGUGGACUUGGAGCGCAAACAUGCCAAGAAGCCAAAGGGUUUGGGUCAUCCAGCCCCCUGCAAGGAUAUACGAACCGAUGGAGUCGAACACUGGCCUAUCUUUUCAAAUAGAUUACGGUGCAAAAUUCCAUAG